AUGGAGCAAAUCACCCCAGACUUGUCGACGGCCUACCACGCUCUGCUCACCGAGAUCCAUUCACCCCACAAGACUUUCGCCGAGCCUCUGUGGUCUGCAUUCGAAAACGAUUAUCUGGACGACUCGGAUUCUUCGUCUGUCGAGAGUGAUGAAACCGUAGCCGGCGGCUUUGACCAACCCUUUUCCCGCCCAUCUCCACCACCGCCCUCCCCCGACAUGGACCACCGACUCCAAUACUUGCGAGACCCCGACAGCCGCCCGAAGACCACCGACACGCCUUCCACCAGCCCACUCUUUGUCGUUCUUGAUAUGUUGGACAUCAUGCUCGAACAGGCUCAGGCUCAGCAGAGGUCCGAGAAGCCCCAGAGGCCACAGUCGAAGCCGCUUCGGACGAACGGAACAGCCUACCGCGAGAUCCAAAGUGAUUUCGAGACUGGCUACGAUCGGGUCGAGGAGCGGCUUCAGCUCCACCGCACUCGCAGCCAGAGCGGUCCAUUAGCACGUCGGCGCCAUCAUCGCCUGCGCCCGUCCCGGAGAUCUGUUCCAGCCCUUGUCCCUCAGGAGGUCCGACCUGAACCCAGCUCUGGUUUGGGCCCUGCGCAAUUGACGCAGAUGAUUGACAUUCUGAUGACACAAUGGCCAAUGGUCGAGUCGGCAGUUCUCACCACGCUUCGCCAGGACCCCGCAGCCAACAUGAACAAGUGCAUCCAGUCACUUGGCACUGUCUUGCUCAACCAGGUGGCUACAAAAUGA